AUGAGUGAUGGUAUAAAAUCUUCCAAGGUACCAAAGAAGCGAAAAUGUAAUAAAGAAAAUGAAUCACCUACAAAAAGAAAAAGCUUAACGGGUGCUCAAAAAGCAGAAAUAUGCCACCUAAAACAGAAGGGUGUUAGUCAAGUCAAAACUGCAAAGUUUCCCCUACUAGAAGAAGCACUUGCUCUUUGGGUAUCAAGGGUAACUGAGGCAUUACAAACAGUUACAGGGGUAAUAAUUAAACACAAGGCAGUUCAACUUGCAAAAGGUCUUG